AUGCUCAGGCUCCUAAUAAAGAGCCCUAUGAUGUCAAGACCUAAAGUGAUUGUUAUAGCAGGAACAACUGGAGUUGGGAAAUCUGACCUCUCAAUUCAGAUUGCAAGUAAAUUCAAUGGUGAGAUCAUCAAUUCUGAUUCAAUGCAGAUGUACACCGGCAUACCGAUAAUUACGAAUAAGCAUCCAAUAGAACAGAGAAUGGGGAUUAAGCACCACCUUAUGAAUCAUGUUCCAUGGAAUGAAGAGUACUAUAUUCACAGGUUUGAGAGAGAAUGUAUGGAAACCAUCGAAGAUAUCCAUAGUAGAGGGAAGAUACCUAUCGUCGUGGGAGGUACACAUUAUUACUUACAAACGCUUUUCAACAAAAGAGUUGAAAGUAAGGUACGACAACCUACCGAAUCGGAAAAGAGCAUAUUGGAUAGCAACAACCCAGACUUAAUUUAUAAUACUUUAAAGGAAGUCGACCUUUCGAUUGCAAACAAGUUCCACAUCAAUGAUACAAGAAGAGUGAAAAGGAUGCUAGAAAUAUAUUACACAACUGGCGAAAAACCUAGUGUGACAUUCCAACAACAGAACACCUCUUUAAAAUUCGAUACCUUAUUCUUCUGGAUUUAUAGCGAUCCAGCUGUUUUAGAUGUGAGACUUGAUAAUAGAGUUGACAAGAUGAUGAAGAUUGGAGCUAUGGAGGAAAUCAUGGAAUUGUAUGAAUACUACAAACAGCACAAUUAUGGGCAAGAACAAUGUGAAAAUGGGGUCUGGCAAGUGAUAGGAUUCAAAGAGUUUUUGCCGUGGUUAGAAGAAUCAAGCGAAUGUGAUCUCAAUGAAUGUGUUGAAAAGAUGAAAGUUCGAACUAGACAAUACGCAAAAAGGCAAGUGAAAUGGAUAAGAAAAAUGUUGAUACCAGAUGUUGACGGCAAAGUCUAUAUUUUAAAUGCAACAGACCUAUUAGAGUGGGAUGUGAGCGUUUCAGCUAGAGCUAAUGCAAUACUCUCAGAUUUCACAAAAGGCAAAGACAUUGAGGCUCCGUUAGCUCAGCCAGAUUUAGAAAAAUUGUUAGCAUACAAGUCAUCUAAUAGUCCAAAAAGCGAUAUGGAUUGGAAACAAUUUUCCUGCAGUUUAUGUAAAGAUAAAGAAGAUAAAAACCUAGUCGCAAUUGGUUCGCGUAAUUGGGAAAUUCACUUGAAAAGUAGGCGGCACAAAACUAACAUCAACAGGCAACAUAAAAAGAAGUCGUAUGAAAAAUGGCAAAAGAAGAAGCUGCUGGAAAUGGAUAGCAGCUCUAUCAACUCUCAUUAG